UGCAGAGAACACCCUCACUCUGCCCGGCCGGGACUGGGAGGAGAGGGGUCUCACACAGCCAGUGCCUCCUCCGAGCCAGGAGUCAUUCAGGAAAGUGCAGCCGCUGGAGAGAUAACGGUCCCCGGGCUGCGGCCACAGAACGGUUUAAGAAAUGGAGGCCAUGGAUAAAGUGGUGAAUGGAUAUAUAGACAACUUGCUUGGACCACGAGACCCGAGAGUGAAAGGAUGGUUCAUGUUAGAUAAUUACAUCCCCUCCUUUGUCUGCACCGUCCUGUAUUUAUUGAUCGUAUGGCUAGGACCGAAGUACAUGAAGAACCGGCAGCCUGUGUCCUGCAGAGGGAUUCUGGUCUUCUAUAACCUUGGCCUUACACUGCUCUCACUGUACAUGUUUUAUGAGCUGGUAACAGGAGUCUGGGAAGGAGGCUACAACUUUUUCUGUCAGGACACUCACAGUGGAGGUGAUGCAGACAUGAAGAUAACGCGUGUCCUCUGGUGGUACUACUUUUCCAAGCUCAUUGAGUUUAUGGACACUUUCUUUUUCAUACUGCGCAAGAACAACCACCAGAUCACCGUCCUGCAUGUCUAUCACCAUGCCUCCAUGCUGAACAUCUGGUGGUUUGUCAUGAACUGGGUCCCGUGUGGACACUCCUACUUUGGGGCCACUCUGAAUAGCUUUAUCCAUGUCCUCAUGUACUCUUACUACGGACUCUCGGCUGUUCCAUCCAUGCGACCAUAUCUAUGGUGGAAGAAGUACAUCACCCAGUGCCAGCUGACCCAGUUCGUCCUGACGAUGACUCAGACCAGCUGUGCAAUGGUUUGGCCCUGUGCCUUCCCCAUGGGAUGGCUGUAUUUCCAGAACUGCUACAUGAUCUCCCUUAUCAUCCUCUUUGGCAAUUUCUACAUUCAGACAUACAAGAAGGCCUCUUCCCGAAGGAAAGAUUACCAGAAUGGCUCAGUGAGUGCGGUGAACGGACACACAAACGGCUUUUCAUCCCUGGAGAACAAUGUCAAGCAGCGUAGACAAAGAAAGGAUUGAGUGGCGAGAAACCAGCCAGCAGUUUGCUAUGCCAGAUGAUAUCAGAUCUGAAUCUGUGCACUGACACCAUUGCAGCUACUGUAAAUGAUUCCUAGUUAUAUAAUGUGAUUAAUGUAGAUCUUAACAAAUUCCACCCAUCAUUAAAAUGCUGAAGACACAUUUAUAAUGGCUCACAAAAUUAGCAGCAGUUAUUGCUUAGUCCUGCCUUCUACAGCAACAGAUGCUGAACUGCAAGUCUCAGAGUGCCAUAGACGUACAAGCCUCUGCCACCCAAUCGGGUACACAUUUCCCGUGAUGCUGGCUGGGACUUGUGAGGAUCAGCAUCUGUAGAUCUACAGGUGGGUCACAUCUGUUCUAGACCAUAGUGCACUAUUGCCCAUUGCCUUUAACGCAUUAUCCAAAAUGGAAAUGUGUGAAGGGAGGCAUUGCCAUUAGAACCUGUGGGAAGGUCUCAACAUAUUUUAUAUAUUUUAGAUACACAAUUAUAAUCCAUCCAUAUUUUAAUGUUUUUGGAAAGGCAACACCCUAUAACCUGCAGUUUUGUAGACAUGUCAUUGAAGAGAUGGGUAAGAAUGUCAUGCCAGGCUAUCUCAGGGCUAUGUAAUAUCUCCUGGGUAGAAUACUCUGGGUAGGAGUCACCAUGACACAUGAUCAAGGGCACAUCAACUCAGACAGUAACGAGUUAACUAGCUGCUUUUGUCAUAGCACCACAUAAUUAGAGAGCCCUGAGCAGUGAGCACCCUGACAUCGACUGGGACCAGCCAUUCUGUUACUGUGCGCACAUGCCUUUUCUGUAGACUGUGGAUAUAUAUGAAAAAAAAAAGUAUUAUUGUAGUAUAUUACACUGCUGUUGCCUUACUAGUUUCAUAUUAUAUUUCUAAGUACCAGGAGGUAGAUUUCAUUUUCUAAUACAAGAUACCUGUGUGUUUGUAGUAGCCAUUUGUAGUGUGGCGCGACAUGCCUUAAUAAAAUAGCAUUUAGAUAAAUAGGCCCAUAGCUUCUUACCAGUUAGAAAAGGCUUAAAAGAAAUUAAAAUUGACAACUCGUCUUUUUAGUAGAUAGUUAUAUUUUUAGAAUGUAUUUGUAUCAUAUUAGUAGUGAAAUUUUCUUGUAUCUUACGCACACAAACAGAGACUGACGUCACUGAGAGAUCGGGGUGUCACUAGUGGUUUGCGUCUGCGGCCAUCGUGUGUGUGCAUAUGAAGGAGAUGGGUGCCGUUUUUAAGUUUUGGAUGCCUGCAAAGAAUCAGACAAAAAAAAUAAAAACUUUUUUUUUUUUUUUACUGUUUAUUUGGUAUUGUGGGUGUGACUGCAGCCCUGAAAGAAUCAAUCUGACAUUAUUUUAUCACGGUUUUGCAUAUUGUUCAUUUUGUGCUUAGGCUGACUGUGUAACGCAAAGAAUUUGCACUCAAGGGAAACUUCUGGCUUGAACAAUACAGGUAUAUAUUAAGGUGCUCAAAUGUCUAUUGGUUAUAUUGGACACUCGAUGGCAAAAUGUCGAAGCGUUUUCAAGUUUGUAAUGUCAGCAGAUGGACUGUGCACUAAAUGCCCUUCAGAAGACUUCUGCCUGGCUCCAGUGAUAAACAUGUACGGUAUUUCAUAGCACUUCUGCCUCCCUGAGGCUAUUUUAGGUACUGCAAAUGGACAUUAGUUCUUCAUGAACAUAGAACCUGUUAUGUCUGUUUUGUAAUAGUGUUCAACUACCGUGUAGCUAUUACUGAAGCAGCAUUCUAAGGCAAAUGAAUUUCCAGAUUGCAGUAUAUUUAUGAAAAAGACAGGAAGUAGAGAAUUUAGAAAAAAAAGGCAUUACUUCAUACUUCACUGAUGUCAAACAUUCCUAGGCUGCCUUCUUGUGUGAGUACAGCAAGCAUAAUUGCCACCUUCACUGUUACAGGUGCAUUUCAAACCCCCAUGUUGCCUUCCAAUUUUAGCCGUAUGUAUUGAUUGUGUUUUUUUUUUUUUUUUUUUUUUUACAACUCAAUCAAAUGUGGGGCAACAGAACAUUAAACGUCAUAGUUUCUACAGUGAGAAAGUUAGUCAUAAUAAUGCCAAGAAAAUUGUAUGAACAUAUGUGGGCUUUUUGUUUCCUUAGUUUCGUAACGAUGAGCACUGGCAAUGUCAUUUCAACUCAUUUAUAUAGUAAUACACAUGUCAAAUGUUUCUGUUAAUAUAUUAAAACAUUAAAAGUUGUGAUCUCAU